UAGUGAGUGUGCAAGAAGCGGAACGGCGUUAGCCCCGCCCUCCGACCAGUAGCAGGAAGUCCGGGGAGGAGAGAGACAGAGAGACCGGUGAUUACCGUACCGUGCGAUGUCGCCUUCCCGCAGGAAGCGUGGUCGCCCCAAAAAACAUUUCAGGAACAGGCAGCAAUCCCAAAAUGCGGGACCUUCCUGUUCCACCCGACAUACGGACAAGACAAACAGACAGGAUCUGGAGGAAACGAUCUCCGCGCAGAACAGAGGCCACGAGGAGACGUCGAUGGACACGGAAGAUGCCGCCACGGACUUUGGCUGGAGCUCUAUCAUCCCGGUGGAGAUCUUGCUUCGGGUCUUCCUGUUGUUGGCGGAGAGUGAGGGCGCGGUGCCCGUUCUGUGCAGGGUCUCCCGGGUGUGUCGGCUGUGGCGUCAGAUAGCGUCCAGUAAGGACUUGUGGCGGCGUGUGACGGUGAGUCGCUGCUGGGUGAUUCCAGACGAAAAAGAUCCGCCGAGGACCCGGAAAAGGAUGAUGAAGGCGAUGGAGACGCUCAUCCAGCAACGGCUCCCUCGGGUCUCUGACUUCUCCCUUCAUAAAUGGAAAGUGGAAAGUUCUGUUUCCUUUGUACUACAGAAUUUGUCGCAGUCCUGCCCACUGCUGACGUCCCUUACGCUGUCACAUUGCCACCAGGUGACCGAGAAAGACCUGCUGACUAUAGGACGUUGCUGCCCACGGUUACAGAAUCUCAACCUGCAGAACUCCAAGGUUCAAUUCGAUGCCGUGCAAAGAUUCCUGGAGAAGUACGGAGCCCGAAUCAGACGACUGUCGCUGUCCUACACCCUUCAUAUGAAUUCAAUCAUGGCCGGAAUAUCGCGUGGCUGGUGUCCAGAGCUGAGGCUUUUGGGGGUGAACGUUCCCAUGACGGCAAAAGUCAUGACCUUCCCGCUCUCCAUUGAAGGGUUUCAGGCUUCCUGUCCCAAGCUGGAGGUUCUGAGAUUUAUAAAUGUCCCGUGGCAGGCCAAACCCGAACCGGAACUCCCCGCGGCUGCCUCCGGUUUUCCUGAGCUGAAGGAACUGUGGCUCUCCAAAUAUGUCUGCACUGUCACCGAUGACGUCUGCCAAAAACUGCUGAAAGGUUCUAGGAAGCUGCGAGUUCUAGUCCUGCAUGGAUGUUGCAAGAUCUCGCCGCAGGCCUUGUCGGCGCUCCCAUGUACAGAUGUGGAGCGCCUUAACCUGGGUAUGUCAUGCAGAGACGUGGUGCCUGCAAUCGUUUCGGGGUCCCAUCUGCUGACCAGUAAAUGGCGGCACAGCCUGAAGGAACUGGACCUGAAGGGUCAGUUCUACACGGAAGAGGAUUUGGCGGAGGCCUUCCUUAAUCUCACCAGAGGAGGUGGUGGAGGCAAUGGCACCCUCCGCUCCUUGAACCUCGCAGGAACCAGAGCCACGCCCCACGCUGUCAGAGAUGUCCUCCUCAGCUGCCAGGCCCUCACCCACCUGGACCUGUCCUCCUGCCAACACAUUCCCCAAGGACUGGAUCGCGUUUACCACGGCAGAGGGGACAUUAAGGGGUGUCUAACGGACCUGACCCAGAGUCUUCAGGAGAUAAAAGAGCAGACGCCUGAUGAAGAACUUCCUCCAUUGAACUAAAGGAUCCGGUGGAUCUCCUGUGCCCAUUUCUAGAUCUUCUCCAGCUGGAGCGCUGGUUAUUCUCGAGGGUUCUGCAGUAAUGUAUUCCCUGUUUCUCAAAAUUCCCCUUCGGGAUUAAUAAAGUUUUCAGAAUCUGAAUCCAUAAAUGGGAGGCCGACGCCCCAAAAAUGAGAAAAAUCGCCAUUUUUACAGACUUUUUGUUUCAACCAGAUUUUAUUUUACUGUUCAGCCGGAGUUUUUUAUUUAGUGCAGUGCUUUGAUUGGAUGGAAUGUUUUAUUAUAGUAUUCAAUCGGUGCGCACUGCGCUUGUGAAACCAAAAAAUUGAAACAUUUCUGCUGCUACUUAAAGCGGGAGCUCAUCCGAAAUUUUUUUUUU